AAGAGAAAGCAGUCCCAUGUCUGAAGUUAAAGCUCUUAAGAAUAUCCCUGGACUUAAAAUGAUGGUAACCUGUUUUGCUGCAGUGGGAUCAACAAAUGAAAAGGGGGGAAAAUGUGGAAGUCCAGCACAGACAACAAGUUACCCAAAAGGGAGAGAGAGUUUCCCCACCCUGCUGACGAUAGAUGCUCAGUUCCCAAGGACUUCUCAGAGGUAUCUUCCUGACACCAUGUCCUCUGUCCAGCUCAGUCUUAGCUUUAUGGACCUGAGAUUUACAGCAACGUAUUGCCAUAAAUUAGCUCUCUUCUCAGAAUGCCCCGUUCCCACCAAAAUUCUCUUUAAGCAAGCUGUGCUGUGACUUCAGUGCUAGUGAACACAUGAAGAGCUGAGUUCCUUAAUUUUACAGGAAUAUGUCAUAAAGAAACUGCUCUUUCAACCCUAGUCUGCUUGCUCAGAGCUUCUCCCGUUAGCCUGUCUUCUGUCACUUUCUCACAAAGGAAAGGGGAGUGAGAUGAUAAAAUGCUAAUUAGAUUUUUGAAAUUAAUGCAAAUUAACAAGCAAAGCUACACCAACUCCGGUAGUUCUUAUCUUAGGGCAGAUUGGAAAAACAGUUACAGACUGAAGUCCUAGAGAUACAGAAGUAAAAUACCUGGGGAAAGUUGCAGGUGACAACCCCAGCAUCUCAGCAGAACCAUGUAGCAUUUGCACUGAGUUUGUUUGCAGUAUGCAUACAUUUCUGUACAAAAGAACACAGUGCAACUUGCAAACGUCAAUGCUGGAGACAAUCAAUCCACGGUGAAACUCCCACCAAAAACAGUGGUGCAACCCAGGGCUGAGUUAGCUCUCCCGUGUAGAGGUGUCUACCAAGGACGGCGUGGCCUAGGAGGCAUAUGUAACUGGCAGGUUCUCAAGUGUCAAAAUAGAAGCAGAAUCACCAGCUGCGUAUAUCCUGUGCUCCGCAAGCGAGACACAAACAAGAAAAACAGUAGAGCUGUCUGUUGGAAAAAGCAGCUUCCCAGGAUCACCCCAACCACGGUGUAAUUGUGAUCAAUCCGCAUUGAAAAGCUGUCUCUGAGACAAACUGAGUGUGUGCAAGAGAGGAGCAAGAUGCCUCACACCAGAGAAGACUCUUCCCCAACCAGCAGUGCAGGGAGCCCAGAUCCCUAUGAAACACCAGCGCUAGCAGACCUCCAGCGGCUGAUUUGGUUCAGAGGAGGGUCAGAUAAUCACGUGGACCAAGUCUGGCCAAACAUUUACCUGGGAGAUGCGUGGGCUGCUAGGUGCAAAACUACUCUUCAAAGCCUCAACAUUACUCACAUCCUUAAUGCAGCAGAUGGGCCAUACAGUAUCAACACGGGAGCCAGAUAUUACAAAGAUCUGCAAAUAGAGUACUUCGGAGUAGAAGCAUUUGAUGAUCCUUCCUUUGAUUUAAGUAUCUUCUUCUACGACGCUGCCAAUUUCAUUGGCAAAGCCUUAAACACUUCAGGAGGUAAAGUGUUUGUGCAUUGUGCCAUGGGGGUAAGCCGCUCUGCAUCCUUAGUGCUUGCCUUUUUGAUGAUCCAUGAAAACAUGACACUCGUGGAUGCUCUGAAAACAGUGGGUUCUCACAGAAACAUCUGCCCAAACACAGGGUUCCUCAGCCAGCUCCGAGACUUGGACAUUAAAUUAAACAAAGAGAGGAAAGGAAACAGAGAAUCUGCUGGCAAAGAAUUGUAAGAAAGUAUUCCUAGAAGAAAGAAAGAUAAAGCAUUACCUGAGUUUCCUAAAUCUCUUUCAAAUGAAUUACAAUUGCAAACUAAGGAUGUAAGUUUAAGAUACACUAGAAUGUGUUAUUAGUAAAACUCCAUUUUACGUGAUCUUCCCAUUUUGCAACAUCACCCUAGAUUAUACUUACAGUUGAUUGUGUAUUGUAUCCUUCACUCUCCACCUUAAAACAUUGCUCUGCUGGUUUAAUAAAAAAAAAAAAAAAAAAAAAAAAAAAAAAGAUAUCAGGUUCCACUUCAGAAAUAGCUGCAUUUCAGCAACAGUGAAGCUCAUAUCACUUUAUGAAGUGUUAGGCUAUUUGAGGUGAAAGAUGCCAUAUUAUUUAUGCUACAAUAAUGCUCAGAAGUUUUCUUAUGAAUCAGCCUCCCCCCCACCCCCUUUGCUUUACAUAUCUAAAAUGGUUUAUAUUUUGAGACUGGAAUCUGGCACUGGUUAAUUUUUGCUUUUACAAUUGGUGGAGCCCCUGAGUUGGGGGUAAAGAGGCUGCUUAGAGGCAGAGCAGCUGGGAUACAACACAAGCCACUCUUAAAGAAAUGAUUCCAAGUCUAUUUACAGUGAUUUCCUUUUGACUGUUCAUCAAAUAAUCGUUUUUUUCCUCCAUGAAAAAAUCUUUGUUCAAAAGGGCACUCAAAUCCUCUUCAUCUUCCCUAGUAAAAUUCAUCCAGGAGGUGCCGUGGAAAAUGCUUCUGAAGAGGAAAGUGGGUUCCACGCUGAGGCUCCGAAUAGCCACAUGGGCAGUGGGAGUGGGUGCAGGAAGGGAUUUGACAACAAAGUUCAAGGGAUCCCAGAUCUGUCUGGCAGUUCAACAUCAUAAAACUCAUGGUUUUCUUUCCCAGAAAUAAAGGCCAUUAGCAUUGCAA